CCCCCCUACAGAAUCGCGGCUUGGUUGCAUAGAGAAGCUACAUCAUGGUUCCGACGGUCAUAUACGAGUAGUUGACCUCCGUACUCGAACCGGUACGCUAACCAGGCCGCUCGUUAAACUAUGCUUCCUACCAAUCGCAGACAACAGCGAAAACGCAAGUAAUAAAACAUCCGUACAAUAAUAUUAUAUACACGCAGAAAACAAAAUAUCCGUCUAAUAACCUAAAACCGAAAAAAAACCGCAAAUAUAAUAAAUCACCACAAUAUAUACUAAUACAAUAAUGGGUGGACUAAAACGUCCCCCACCAACCAAAUAAAGUUGGUUACAUUUCAAAGGAUCCAUUAUCUAUAUCACUGAGUCAUAACUAAACUCGCUCUUUUUUCCAUACAGGUAGUUAUGGACGCUGAAAUGCCAGUUACACCCACGCCAACCAUGCGUUCGGCUGUCACUGUGCCGCGCCCUGCGACUACCCCCGUAGCAGCGCCACGAACAACACCAGCAACAACUGCACAGACAGCUCCACGACGUGCCACGCGCCCAAUGCCUACUUUAGUUUCAGAGCCGCCUCGCCUCCGCUGCCCGCUCUGUUGCCGUUCGCACCGGCUGCAGCACUGCCCCAUUUUUAAGGGUAUGACACCCAAUCAACGUCAGCAGGUGGCCCAAGCACAUGGGCAUUGUUUGAAUUGUUUGGCCCAGACGCACGACACGCAGCAAUGCGUGUCCGAUAUCGUGUGCCAACACUGCGACAGGCCGCAUCAUACCUUGCUGCAUCGAAACCCAAGACGCCCUGGCGCACGGCCCUCAGUACCCCGCAGCCAUGAUGCAGGCCGUCGUCCACAGCCAAGCCAUGCAGCACGACCCCGUCAACGACAAGCACUCGAUGCACCCCGUACUUGGCGUCAGCUCAAUAGCACCUCAACACGACACCAACCCUUAAGGCCGCAUCCUCGUCGCAGGACAGGCCUCAGCAACGUCGUAGCAACGUUGCAACAACUCCAGCGACUGCUUGGCUGAACAUUCGCCUAGGGGGGCCGGGAUGGCUAAAUGAGUUCAGCUUCCCGCCCUAAUGCAGUCAACAACACCGCACAACACACUACUCAUACGACAACACAAAACACCACUCAUGCGACAACACAACACACCACUCACACGACAGCGUAACACACCACUUACAGGACAACACUGGCACACCACAUCUGGAAACAUUAGCACACCCACACCCCACACACCAAGGCAACCUUGCUGGAAGCAGCAGCAUACACCCACACACAGCAGAAUAACUCUACACACCAGCAUGAACAAAACCAGGGAGGGCGAUCGAGCCGACUCUCUUUUCGAUCGAAAUCGUCAACAGGGAAGUCGCAAUUGAAGUUUCGCCUUUUUUCCACGGUCGCACAUCCCGAUUAUAACCUUUUAUUCCUCAAGUGACGUUAUAAGUUCUUUUUUUGUUUGUUGAUAAGAUAUCAACAUAUUUAUAAAUAAAUUUCAGUUUCUACAAAUACGUGAGUGUUUAGUGGAACGAAAAAGUGGAAAA